CAAAUAUCUUCGCUGUUUAUUGACUGUAAAUAAUCAAACUGUGUUGAAUAUGGCGCGAUACGGUGUGUCCAUCAAGUAGAUGCAAGUCCACCCGCUGCUGGUAAUGUAAGCGGAAGUCUUUGAGGCUAAGUUUGGAAUCAAACGAAAGAGUUUUGCGUUUCACUUCCUGUUUAAACUGACACGCUCGUGCGUUAAAUAUCCCUUCAUAUGUCCGAGAGGCCACGGGAAAUGUAGUCGCUACAGUAAAUUGUGUCUCGUUCACGUCAACUUGAGUACAAACAGUCGCGUUAACGCAACUUAUUUCCGGAGUAAACCGCUCUAGAAGCUCCAGCACCGUGAGCGCGAGGCAUCACAGGCCCCCUGUGGCAGAUGGAGGAGCUGUACACGUUAGAGAGGGAGGUGGGACGAGGCAGCUACGGCGUGGUCUUCGAGGGCUACAUGGCCAAAACGGGCCAAAGGGUGGCCAUCAAGUGGCUGCCCUGCAGCGACCCGGAGCGCAUCGAGCUGUACCUGCAGGAGCUGUGGGCCAUGAGGGCCACCGCCAUGAAUCACGUCAACGUGAUCGCGCUGCACAGCUGCCUCCUGCAGACCGGGCCGAGGACCCUGAAGCCCCUCAAACCAGGGAAGGUGCCGCAGCGCCUCGUCGAGAGCGUGCUCAAGGGCAGGGUGGCCGGAGCGGCGCGGUGGCGAGAGUGGGACGACGUCCAGCGGGGGAGCGGGCCCCCGGGCCCGGGACUUCAGGACGGGACAAACUCUCUUCAGGGCGAGAGCAAAUCCAGCGCGUCUGAUUCUUCAACCCCGCACAGGACUCCUCGGAACCGAGUCCGGAAGAGGCCGGCCCCGAGGGAGGAAGAGGAGCCGAAGACGCCCCCCCCGCGCUGCUUGGCCCUGUGGCUGGUGAUGGAGUACUGUGAUGGCGGCGACUUGAACCGGUACCUGCUCUCCAGGCCACCGGACUGCGGGCGUAACCGCGGCGUGGUGAGACAGCUCUGCAGCGCCGUGGCCUUCCUGCACAGUCUGGGGAUCACCCACCGAGACCUGAAGCCCGACAACGUGCUGGUCUGCGUGACGCAGGGGGGCCCCGUCGUCAAGGUGGCGGACUUCGGCCUGAGCAAGAUGAGCGAGGGCCCGGUGGACGGCGAGCUGACCCGGCAACACUACUCCUCCACCUGCGGCUCCGACUUCUACAUGGCGCCGGAGGUGUGGGGCGGACUGACCUACACGGCCCGGGCGGACAUCUUCUCCCUGGGCGUGAUGUUCUGGGCCGUCCUGGAGAGAAUCACCUUCCUGGAGGAGGGCGCCAAGCGGGAACAACUGGGCGCCUACGUCUGCCGCGGUCGCUGGCUGAUGCCGCUGGGCGAGGCUCUGUGGGAGAACGCCGACCUCCAGCUGUGCAUCCCCACCAAGUUCAAGAGGACGCCCCCGCUGCCCCCGCCUCCCGGUGCCGCCGUGAGCGCCCUGCUUCUCGCCAUGCUCGCCUCGGACCCGGACACUCGGCCCCCCGCCGACCAGCUGGAGGCCCGAGUGAGCGCCGCUCUCGAAGAAGACGCCCGCUGACUUGAGUGCACUUAAGAGACCCGGAAUGGCUUCAAGCAGCUCAAUUUCUAAACCGUGCAGCAAACCACACGCAACAAUAUUCCGGUCCAUAUCGAGAUCCAGAGGGACCCCCCUCCCCCGCUGUGCGUGACGUGGAAGUCCCACCGAGGCCUCGAACGUUCCAAUCCAGCCGCAGCGAGACGCAAGGCUUUACCGCUCCGCUCGCCACGUCACCUCGGCUUCGUUCCGGCCUCGGGUUUAUUUGUCCUUAAGCUUGUUUACUUGUUAAACAUUGAAUUAUUGUGAUUUACUCCAAUAUUUCUUCCACAUUGCGAGAAUGGAUGCAGGUGUCUUUAAAUAUGGGGGGGGGAAGUAAAUCCUUUUGUAAAGCAGUAGACGACUCGGUCUAACCUGUUGGCGCUGUGUCAGCAACAGGUGUCGAGUUGUUGUUUGUGUUUUCAUCCAGAUGCAUUGUGUAAAUAAAUCAGUUGGAGUCAAAAUGUGUGUUUUUUAAAAGUAGAAGUCUUUGAGACCAGGCGAGGACAUUUACAUAUUUUUUAGGGGGC